GCCAGCACGAACCGAGGGCGAGCAUGGAGACCAAGGGCGGCGUGGACUUUUCGCAGCUCCAGCGCGAGUACCGCAACAUGGAGAUGAACCGGAAGAGCUACUCGGACGAGUCGCACCAGGUCAUGCGGCGGCAGCAAAGCGUGAUCGAGAAGCUCAAGCGCGACAACGACGACAUGAAAUCGGAGCUGUCGCUUGCGACGCGCCACUUGACCGAAGCCAACGCGAACUCGCAGUCGGAGAGCAUUGCGCGCAUGCAAGACCAGAUCGACGCGUACGUCAAGAAAAUUGCAGGCGAGGCCAAGCACUGCGAGACCCUUGCGCAGCAAAUCACAAUCAUGAAGCACAAGGUGCUGCAUCAGCGCAAGCACAUGGGCGGCGUGAACGCGGCCAAAGAAAACCACCACAUGGUCCACAAGCAAAUCCGCAUCCUUGAGAACCGCCUCGACAAAUCGCUCGUGAAAUUCAACGAAGCGCUGGCGCAAAACAAGGUGCUGCGCGAAGAGAUCGACAAUUUGCGCCGCGAGCGCAUGAUCUUUGACAACAUUUACCGCAAGCUCGAGAAGGACCACAACGAGCGCAAGAAGCAAAUGGCCAACAUCAUUGAGCUCAGCAACUUGAGCUACGAACAGCGCGACGCGGCCCAGAUGGAGGUCAAGGCGAUCGAGCAAAUCAACCGCCAAGAAGCCGAGGAGCACCGACGCCAGAUCACCGACUUGUUGGAAAAGAUGGACGAGAGCAAGAAGCGCGCCGAGCUGGCCCGCGAAGCGCAGCUGCGGGACGUUGCCCGGCGUGAGAGCUCCGCCACGAACGACGACGACAGCACGUUGAAGCGCAAGCUCCAGCGGCAGCAGUGGGGUGUUGCGAAGGAGAAGGUCCACGUCCAAGUGAGCAUCGAGCGCGUCCAAAACUACGAAGAAGUGUUUACGAAAAUCAAGGCGGCCACCGGCAUCACCGACAUUGAGGAGCUCGUCAACACGUUCAUCAAGAACGAAGAUCAGAAUUUCUCGCUCUUCAACUAUGUCAACGAGCAAACCAACGAAAUUGAAAAGCUCCAAGACCAAAUCGAGGCGCUCAAGGUCGAGGAGGCCAAGUACUCGGAGGAGACGGGUGACGAUGCGCACCAGCACAAGCAGCUCCUCAAAGACCUGGAGGCGAAACUCGUAGCCACCGAAGCUGCGGCCGAAAAGUACGAAGUCAAAUACAACGACGCCCAGAAAAACAUCAACGCGGUCAAGAUCGCGAUUCAAGUCCUCUUCAACCACGUCGGCUGCAACGCUCAGGCCAUGGCCGAGAUGCUGGGCGAAAACAUCGUCACGGACGUCAACAUGAUGCAGUACCUUGGCAUGGUCGAGCAGCGCACCAACGAGAUUCUGCAGCAGUACGCCCACUUCCAAAAGUCGCGAGCUGCGGGCCUCGACCUCGUCGAGAACCCGGUCUUGGGACAUGGCUUGUCGUCGCACCAACUGCACGCGGUGCUUGGGAUUGGCCCACCGAUGCCGAUGGGUGGCGAGCCGCUCCAGAUCAACCCACCGAACCUCGAAGACUACUCGUCGGAUGAAGACGAGAUGGUCGACCACGGCGUCUCCGACGGCAUGCACCCGCUCACGCGCGACGAGCUCAAGCUGCGGACGCUCAAGGGCCUCCGACGAACCUCCGGGCUCAUGCCCAAUGUAGCUGCCCAAGCCAGCAAGAAGCCGCGCAACAAGAAACCAAAGAGUUAAAACAUACUACAUGUAUACCGAG